UAAUUUUAGAUCCAGUACACACACAAAUAUAUAUUUGGGAAUUCAAGUGAUUGAUAAUUAAAGCAAAUUAAAUAGGUACAAAAUCUCCAAAAUAAUCAUUGCCAUUUAAAGUUAAUCCGAUUCUUUCUUACACUAUAAUCAUCAUUCAUCAUCGUCAGCUGCCAUUAUAUAUAUUCAGUUUGAAACUCCAAAAUUUAUCCCCAAAGUGUUGUUGUUACGUACUUGGUUUCCUGUGAAAUUCUCCUAGUGAUCAUCUUGUCGAAACCCUUUGGAUUUUUCACCAUAUAUAUAUGGAUCUUGAAAAAGUUUUCCACAUGAAAGGUGGGCUCGACGACACCAGCUAUCCCAAAAAUUCUGCAUUGCAGAAAAGGGCAGCUGAUACGGUGAAGCACAUAACCCUAGAAGCCAUAGAAAAAGUGUUCAUGGAAACGAGGCCAAAGAGCAUGGGGAUUGCUGACAUGGGCUGCUCAUCAGGCCCGAACACGCUCUCCAACGUCAAAGAAUUCAUCGGCGCCGUGGAAGAGGCGUGUCGGAAAAUGAAGGAGGCGGCGCCGGAGUUUCGUUUCUACCUGAACGAUCUGCCCACGAACGAUUUCAACACGAUAUUUCAGGCGUUGCCCGAUCUGUACAGGGAGCUCAACGCCGGGAAAGAUGAGGGCUGCCCGCCGGUUUAUGUGGCCGGUUUUCCCGGCACCUUCUACGGCAGAGUCUUCCCAGACAACUGCUUGCAUUUGGUGUAUUCCUCCUAUGGUCUGCACUGGCUCUCCAGGGUUCCUUUGGCACUUUAUGAUGGCCCAAACCCAAAUUCAUCGAUUAAUAAAAAGAGUAUAUACAUAUCUGGAAGGAGCCCAGUUGGAGUGUGUGAGGCAUAUUACAAACAAUUUCAAGACGACUUUUCAUUGUUCCUUAAAUCGAGGUCUCAAGAGCUCAUCAAUGGGGGCAAAAUGGUGCUAAUUUUGUUGGGAAGAGAUGGCCCUUUUCAUGUGGAUAGGGGCAUUUCUUUCUUAUGGGAAAUUCUCUACCAAUCUCUAGCCACCCUCGUAGACCAGGGUGAUAUUGAGGAGGGCCGAUUGGAGUCUUAUGAAGUGAACUUUUAUGCACCAUCAAAGGAAGAGUUGGAAGAUGAAGUGAGGAGAGAAGGGUGUUUCAAGAUUGAGGCGAUUGAGAAGUUUGAGAUGGAUAGAAAUUGGAGUUCAAAUAUUAGCUAUGGAAAUGCAGUGGCAAAAGCAGUGAGGUCCAUACAAGAACCAAUGAUUGCUCACCACUUCGGAUAUGGAAUCUUGGACAAGCUGUUCCAACUUUAUGGGCGAUUGGUGGACCAAGAAAUGGCUAAGGAGGAUAUUAGCUCUACUUCUAUCGUCUUAGUUCUCACCAAAUUCUGAGAUUCAAUUCAUUUCUCCGUUACGUACAUUUAUGUUUUCGAUAUAUACGUACAUCAUAGUGUGCUACACGUACGUACGUAUAUUGUUAUUAAUGAAAUAUGGGGUCACAUGGUUUGAUUAUAUAUAUUCAUUUCGUAGUGGUCGAUCUCUCUUUAAAUAAUAAAUAAGCUCGUGUAAAUUAAGUGCGAAUUGUUUUAUUUUAUCCUACAGAGAACUGGUCGAAAUUGAUUAUGAAAUAUCACGAUUAGCUUAGAGUCUGUAAGUGUGUGUGUUUUCAGACAUUAUUUGUCAUUUAACAGAUAAUUCUUGGGAGGUCA